AACUAACUCAGCAUUUCUACCAAGAAAAAAAAAACACAAACAAAAAAAAAAGCGCUUCCCAUUCUCAUCAGAAACGAGUUGGAGUCGCACUGAACUCAACUCGCCGGAGUUCUCGUUCGCACCACGAUUCUGCGAUUGGUCCCUAAAGCGAAGCGGUUAACAACUAAUUGCUGUUUAUUAAGAUCCAAAAGCCUCGGUUAGAAGUCAUGUCUGUUCCUAACGAGGAAAACUUGUCAUCACAGUCACAGCUUCCAUCUCACUUUUUCUGGGAUCUCCUUGAUUCCAUUAUAGUUGAUGUGGCAUCAGAGUGUCACAGAGUAGCCAAGCUGGGGCUUGAUGCUAAUUUGGAAGAAGAUGAUGAAGAAUUGAAGUUAUCCGCACAAGCCAGGGUUAGAGUGGCUGAUCCUAGUAAUAAUAGUAAUGAAGCAAAUGGAAAGUACGUGGUUGACAUAUUCGGACAAACUCAUCCUACAGUAGCAAAUGAAAUAUUCGAGUGCAUGAAUUGCGGCCGAUCUAUCGCGGCAGGGAGGUUUGCUCCUCAUUUGGAGAAAUGCAUGGGCAAGGGUAGGAAGGCUCGUUUGAAGGUAACAAGAAGCAGCUCAGGCGCACAGAACCAGAACCGGUAUUCACGAGGAGGUUCUGUUUCUACACAUACAAAUCACUCUAGCAACAAUAGUAGCGUGAACCGGUUGGCAAAUGGAAACGCCGGUUUCGAGGAGCACUCAAACGGGACAACCCAUCCAUGAAAUAAUGUGAUGUAAAACAUGAAUCUUGUUUUGCUGGAAAAGCUCAUCAUGAUGUAUCUGAAUAUAGUAUUUAACGACAUUAAAGAUGUCGUCUAGCUUUGGAGUUUAACAGAAUAACAUUACCUUGUACACUGAGUUAUAUAUUGUAAUUUUCUUGAUUGCAA